CAGCCGCUAAGGAGAUGUAACAGCACUCGACCAGGCUGGGGGAGCUGGUCGGUAAAUAAAGCCGCCUUCCCUCCGGCUGCGAGGCCUUGCUUUUUUAACUUCCCGGUGACACUAGGUUUGGAGGGUUUCCGGCCGGAGGCCAUUAGAUGGGACACCAGGAAGGCGGAAGUCCCAGGGCGGAAGUGGCCGAGAGGAACGGAGAAUGGCGGCGGAAGGCUGGAUUUGGCGCUGGGGCUGGGGCCGGCGGUGCCCGGGGAGGCCUGGGCUUCCCGGCCCUGGCCCUGGCCCCACUACACCUCUACUUCUUUUUCUGUUGCUGGGGCCGGUUGUUGCAGAUAUAACUGACGGCAACAGUGAACACCUCAAGCGGGAGCAUUCGCUUAUCAAGCCCUACCAAGGGGUCGGUUCCAGCUCCAUGCCCCUCUGGGAUUUCCAAGGCAGCACUAUACUCACGAGCCAGUACGUGCGUUUGACCCCUGAUGAGCGCAGCAAAGAGGGCUCUAUCUGGAACCACCAGCCUUGCUUCCUCAAGGACUGGGAGAUGCAUGUCCACUUCAAAGUCCACGGUUCAGGGAAGAAGAAUCUCCAUGGAGAUGGCAUUGCCUUGUGGUAUACCCGGGACCGCCUUGUGCCAGGGCCUGUGUUUGGAAGCAGAGACAACUUCCAUGGCCUAGCCAUCUUCUUGGACACAUAUCCCAAUGAUGAGACCACAGAGCGUGUGUUCCCGUACAUCUCGGUGAUGGUGAACAAUGGCUCCCUGUCCUACGACCAUAGCAAGGAUGGCCGCUGGACUGAGCUGGCAGGCUGCACGGCUGACUUCCGCAACCGCGAUCAUGAUACCUUCCUGGCUGUUCGCUACUCCCGUGGCCGUCUGACGGUGAUGACCGACCUAGAGGACAAGAACGAGUGGAAGAAUUGCAUCGACAUCACGGGAGUGCGCCUGCCCACUGGCUACUACUUUGGAGCCUCGGCUGGCACCGGAGACCUGUCUGACAAUCAUGACAUCAUCUCCAUGAAACUGUUCCAGCUGAUGGUAGAACAUACACCUGAUGAAGAGAACAUUGACUGGACCAAGAUUGAGCCCAGUGUCAAUUUCCUCAAGUCGCCCAAAGACAAUGUGGAUGACCCGACGGGAAACUUCCGCAGCGGGCCCCUGACGGGGUGGCGGGUGUUCCUGCUGCUGCUAUGUGCUCUCCUGGGCAUCAUCGUGUGCGCCGUGGUGGGGGCCGUAGUGUUUCAGAAGCGGCAGGAGCGGAACAAGCGAUUCUACUGAGUGGCCGGCGCUCUGCUCUGGGGAAGGCCUGGUUUUGGGCCCCGGCACUAAUGUGAACUUUUUUUUACUGAGAUUGUAAAAGAAAAACAAGACGACCUUAUUUCUUAACCGUUUCAAAGAAAUAAUUAAAGUAUUUUCGUACAUUUUGCUUCUUGCCCAGCAGGGAUAAGCUGCAGGGCUGGGGAAUAGGGUUUGGCAUCCCCACACCUGGGGCAGAGGUCCUCACCCAUCUCAGGAGCAGGGAGGAGUCUGUGCCUGGAGCUGGGCCCUGGCAGGUGGCUCUUGAACACUGGAGGGCCCCCCAACCGCAUUGUGGUGGGUGUCUGACAAUGUAAGCAGUGAUUUUGUUCUGUGCGGUGUGUGUUGGUGGAAAAGGAGGCUGACUGGGGAACCUGGGCCUUUCUGGUCACCCUCUGAGCUUCUUCCCAAGGCAGAGCCACGAGUGAGGCUGGAGGAGCAAUUUGGUGGGGCUCAGAGUGUGACCGUUUGCUAAAUAAAGUGAAAUAACCAACCUCAGCUGUGUUGACUGUCCUAAGGGGCUUGCUUUUCUUUUCCUUCAAGUAACUUCCAGGUGGCCAGUGCUUUACAGCUUUCAGCCUCCUCCCCUCGGCCUUGCCACACAGCCCCAGGAGGCAAGUGCUGUGCUCCCUGUUCCCAGAUGGUGAAGCACAGCUCUGGGAGGUCAAGCGAAACUUGCCCAGUGUCACAUAGCAUUUGAGGUCAUGGGGAUGGGGCCUUGUGCCAUCUUCCACGUUCUCUGAGCCUCUCACUCUGGGCAGGGGAAGGUCCCACACAGAGAGUGGGACCUAAGUGCAAGCGAACUCUAGGGAACUCGGGCUAAGGGGGGCUUCAGGAAGAUCUGGAAGGGAUUUGUAGGUACAGAAGGACAGGUUGGGGUCGGUAAUGGUAUUCCCUUUGGGGUACCUCGAGGGGAGAAAGAUGGCACAGGGAGUGGAAGAAAGCCGGCAGCUAAAAGGAAAGUACCAUCAUCUGGCAGCUUUCUUGGGUCUGUCUGUCCUGGCCAUGGCCUGCCUCUGCUCUCCAGACUGUUCUUCGGUGCUCCUGACCCCGCCAUGGAACAGUGUGUCCCCAUCCAUUCCGGAGCCAUCUUCAGCAUCUUGCACUUUUUUUUUUAAUGUUUUAUUUAUUUUUGAGAGAGAGAGAGAGAGAGAGCGAGCGAGCUUGAGCGGGGGAGGGGUAGAGAGCGAGGAAGACACAGAAUCCAAAACAGACUCCUGGCUCUGAGCUGUCAGCACAGAGCCCAAUGUGGGGCUCGAACUCACGGACUGUGAGAUCAUGACCUGUGCCGAAGUCGGACGCCCAACCAACUGAGCCACCCAGGUGCCCCCAGCAUCUUCCACUUAAAUGACAUUUGAGUCUCCAUCUUUUAAAAAAAAAAAAAAAAAAAAAUUUUUAUGUUUAUUUGGGGGAGGGGCAGAGAGAGAGGGAGACCCAGAAGCCGAAACAGACUCCUGUCUCUGAGCUGUCAGCACAGGGCCUGACACAGGGUUCGAACCCACAGACUGUGAGACCAUGACCUGAGCAGAAGUUGGAUGCUCAACCAUCUGAGCCACCCAGGCGCCCCAACUCUCCAUUUUAAAAACAAGAGCAACCCUGUCUCCCUGUUGUAACCAGGCUUCUUAUAAUUAACAUUCUUGAUGAGAUUCUUAUAAAAAGUGGAUAGAAGUAGAUGUAAAGAGUAAGAACAUAUAUUCCUGUCAAUCUUUCACCCUCACUCCCCUGAGCUCUUCAUUGAUCUGUUCAUGGUCUCUUAUCCCUCUCGAUGUGUCCUGUGUACACAUAGGACCCGUCUUUUGGCAGGUGAGAUGUCAAGAGAUUGUUUAUAAAUUCACAGUGACAGAGAAUUCUGAGCUGUGUUUUCUUCUCAUGGGGCUGGGAGCCUGUUCAUGAAGCUGUAAGAGAAAACAUGAUCUUCCUUAUUGAAAGAAAUAUUUUAUUGAGCACUUUCCCCAGAACAAUUUCUUUACUUGAAAAGUAGCUAACUUUGAGUGCUUACUAUAUCCCAGGCGUGGUUCUGAGCAGUUGACACGUAUUAACUCAUUUCUCUCCACAACACUUAACCCACUUGGGCAUGAAAAAUCUGCUAGGCUGGGUGGCUCCUGACUCACUGAGCAUCUUCUUCCUUGGCGAGUGCCGUGUCUGUACUGACAUGAAUGACUGAGGCCUGGAAUCUGGAACUCUCUGUGGCUGCUACAACCACCAUAAUCUGCACUACACUCGCCAUAUUUGGCCUUUAAUUUUGGCCCUAUCUUGGCCUUCCCCGAAUUCCUGAAUGAUUAGGCAAAUUGGCAUCCUGUCCUGUAUGGCUCUUGCCUUUGGCUGCAUGUUGGAGACAUCUGGAGAAUGAAACUCAGUCCUCUGUGCUCUACAGUUUGGGUUUAAGGAGUAGGUGGGGUGUGGGGAGGGGCAGUUUGAAAACAACCAUGUUGGGUGGUUCAGAUGAGCAUAUAGGCUUGAGAAGUGGCAGGUGUAGACUAGUGAUUUGAAGGCUGAUCUUGAAGUGGUCCUGGUCUGUUCUUGGCGGUCAGCGGCUUGUUUGCAUCCCUUUCAAAGUUCAAACCUGGAGGUGCUUUCCUAGAAGGUUAGAUUUGUGUUCUCACAUCUGCUUUUUCAUAUAUGUGGGUUCAUGCUACUGUAAUCUACAUUUUUGCCACAUGCAUUUAUUAUUUUUAAAUGUUUAUUUUUGAGGGGGGUGAGGGGCAGGAAAGGGGGACAGAGGAUCCAAGUCAGACUCCACCCUGACAGCAGCUUCAGCACAGUGAGCCCACUGUGGGGCUCGAACUCAUAAACUUACAAUCAUGACCCAAGCCAAAGUCGGAUGCUCAACCGACUGAGCCACCCAGGUGCCCCUGAUUUUGUUUUAUGUUUCUUAAAAAUGUUACUGUAGAGGUAUGUAUCCCUAAACGCAUAGUAGUGUUUUGCAUUCUAAAAAAUUACAAAUGGUACACAGACGUAUUCCUCAGCUCUUAAAAUUCAGCACUGUUUGUGAAUCUUUGCAUUAGAUGUGGCUCAAGAUGUGGCAUGAGUGGACUCCAGUUUCUCCAUUUGGCCACUGCUGGAUGUUUGGAUGGUUUCCAGGUUUUUGCUCUUAAAAUGCUGCUCUAAAUGUUCUGGAGCCCAUCUCCAUCCAUGCACAAGUGUGAGGAACUGCUGGGUUGUAACUUACUUGUAACUUAUGUACAUUCCAGUCUUACUGGUUGUCAGAUUGGUCUUGUGGGUUGUAUUCAUUCUGCUCCCACCUUGGUGACUGAGAUUCCCCCUGCCCAUUUCUUAGCACGUGAUAUUAUCAAUGUUUACUUAUUGAUGAUCUGAUAGGUAUAAAAGUUUUAAUUUGCAUUUCUCAGCUAAUCAGGUUGAGGAUUUUUGUAUCCUCAAGGAUCCGUCCAUGGUGGUGUAAUUUUUUUGCCCCUCACCUUUUUCUUGUGGUUACAUGCCCAUUCUCAUGGGAUCUUCAGGUAUGUGCUUUUGCGGAUUACCUCUCAGCAUGUGUGUCUUUUGAUUUUCUAAUGUCAUAUGAUUUACUGUCUAUAUUUUAAUGUCAAUUACUAAUCUUUUCCAAAUAUUUUUCCCCCAAAAGUCUGAAAAUUUUGUUCAGACUUAGUUUAUAAUCUCCAUGGAAUUGACUUUUGUGUGGAGUAUGAUGUAGGGAUCUGGUUUUCCCACUAUGUAUAGCCAGUUGUCAAAACAUUUCCUGACAUUCAUUCUUCCACACAAGCCACAGCGCUGCUGAAUCAAGUGCUCCAGACACUGCUCCCUCGUCUUCCUCCUGUUUCGUGGCUGGAAGGCCAGAUGUUUAGCUAAAUUCUCCAGCUUCUUAGCUAGGGUGGCUCUGUGAGAGCUGUGCCUGCCGAGGGGACUCUCGGUAAAAAGCGCCAGAUGGCAGCUGGCGUGGCUGUUUGCCCAUCCUCCUCCUGCUGGACAGUGGGGGUGACCCCCAGAGGUGCAAAAGCCCCCUGUGACCAUGGGGGCAGUAGUGAGCACCAGAGCUGGGUGGAGCAUGUGUCCUCAGGACAUCCAGGGCUGCCGCAGCCCUGGACUGCUGGGCUUUUAUGUAAAAUAAAUAAAUUUGUAUUUGCUCAAA